CCGGUUUAACAGUGAGUCAUUGAGUCGGUGAUUCUUUGUUUUCUCUUUUGAAAAUUCGUUUCCGGUUUUCUCGCUGUCAGUUCAGAACGGUCAUUUGGUUUCACUUCCAAUCGUUGCUCGCCACGUUUGUACGUUUUGAAGUCUGUUUGGCGCGACGUCAAUGCAAUGUGGACUGUAGUCUGGAUUUUUACUGCUUCGAGAGAAUAAAAAAUAUUGUUUAUAAAAUUUCGGAAGCAAACACGCCUUAAGACAAAUGGGACCCCACGGAAAUCAAGGGGAAUCAGCUCUAUCCUAUCCACAAGAUAAAAAAUUUAUCAAAAUCUUCAUCAACCACCUUCAUAGUUGACACGUAGCCAACAUCCCCUCACCGGCCGGAGAGAGAAAUCGAGGAAAUCAGGGCAGAAGAAAAGGAAAAAUAAAUAAUUCAGUCAAAGAAAAUGGCAUACACGGCGGCUCUAUCUUCCCACAUUCCUUUGCACACCAAUUCCAGAUUCUCCUCCACGUUCCCUCCAAAACUCCUCAGCAAACACAAAACGGCGCCGUUUAAAACCAACUCCAUUCCCCCUCUUUCCACCGCCGCCUCAGCUGCUGACCUCUCCGCCGUGAACGGUACCACCAUUGCUCUAAUAGGCGGAGGUUCCGUCGCCGCUUUAGCGGCCGUUCUAUCCCUCACUGAUCCCGAACGCCGACGUCGCCUCCAGGCCGAAGAAGUCGGUGGCGGUGACAAAGAAGUCGUAAGAAAUUACUUUGACAAUUCCGGUUUCCAGAGAUGGAAAAAGAUUUAUGGAGAGACCGAUGAUGUGAAUAAGGUCCAGCUUGAUAUUAGGCUAGGGCACUCGAAGACCGUUGAAAAUACGAUGAAAAUGUUGACUAAUGAAGGCCCACUGACAGGUGUGACUGUUUGCGAUGCCGGGUGUGGGACCGGCUGUCUCACGAUUCCUUUAGCGAAAGAAGGGGCGGUUGUUUCGGCUAGCGAUAUUUCCGCUGCCAUGGUGGCCGAGGCUGAGAAGCAGGCGAAAGAGCAGUUAGCAGCAGGGAAUGGCGAAAUUGCACCGGCCAUGCCAAAAUUUGAAGUGAAAGAUUUGGAGAGUUUAGAUGGGAAAUAUGAUACUGUGGUGUGCUUAGAUGUUUUAAUACAUUAUCCGCAGAGUAAAGCUGAUGGGAUGAUUGCACACCUUGCUUCACUAGCUGAAAACCGAUUAAUUUUGAGCUUUGCACCAAAGACAUUUUACUAUGAUCUGUUAAAAAGGAUUGGAGAGUUGUUUCCAGGGCCAUCGAAGGCAACUAGGGCAUAUCUUCAUGCAGAGGCAGAUGUGGAAAGGGCACUGAGUAAGGUUGGGUGGAAAAUAAGAAAGAGAGGGCUAAUCACUACACAAUUCUACUUUGCAAGACUUGUCGAGGCUGUUCCUGCAUAGUGGGAGGGAGGAGAGGUUGAUGCAUAAGCAUGUGAGUACAAGAUGGAAAUUUUCUGUAAUUCUCCGUUUGGUUUGUGUCAACUUGACUGGAAGAAAUGCAAGAAAGAAUUAACAAGUCUGUAGGUUAUAAACAGAAAGAUACGGCUAUCCAUUGAUCAACACUGUCACUGAGGAGUAAAGUCUUGAACUUUCUCUGCUAGGUUCGUAAGGAUUCAGAAGAAAUUAAAAAAUAAAACUACGAGUUUAGCAAUUCAUUAUGUGAUAUUACAAUAAAAUCAGAAUCUCCAAAAUUUUGAGAACUGCAUCUGGUUUUCAUAAAUAAAAGAAAAGCUUAAGAACUGAAAUGCUCUUGCCUGGUACCUCAUUUCAGUCCUAAAUAUGGAAGUAAUGCUGUUAAGAAGUGAAGCUUCACAUGGGCUAGCAAUGUGAAAAGAAACUUAAACCCAGAAAUCAUUUCUCCCUUUGCUUCAAUGUGUUGUGGGAAGAUAGGAUCUC